AGAAGAUUGCGCGCGGGUGAUUUUGCAUGUGGGUGUUUUUUUUUUGCAUCCGUUUGACUUCCGUUUUUUCGCUCAAAAACCUCUAUCGAAAGCUAUCUUGUUUGCUGAACGCAAGACUGGUGGAUAAACAGUAAACAUGGAUCAAACAAGAAACAGGCCAAGCAGAUCACGAUUGAGAUCGCAUGGUAAUUCUGCCAGGAUACUGGUAUUCGAAAAUGAAACAGAAGAAACAGCGUGCAACGUGGAAGCAGAAAUACACAAGCGUCCGAUACCACCAAAAGUGGAAAGCAAGGAAGCUCCUGUUCGACCUGUUAGCGGAGAGUUGUCAAAUUUAGUUCGCAUGAGAAAUUCAACAAUUGGAAAGUCAGCACCUUCUCUGUCGGUUCAUGUGCGUGAUUUUAACAUUCCUCGUCGUGCUGCUAAAGCGGCUCAUCGCAAGUCUUUCAUUGCGACCACAUCGCCUACUUUACCGCGUUGUCACUCACCUUUAUCAGCAUUCGUCCCGAUUGUAGGCAGUCCUCUAGAGAGUCCUAGGAUGUCAUCCAGUCCACACUUUGCUUUUGCUCCAAUUAAAAGGAUUGGCGGAGGUGCUACAGGAACUGGCGAUGGCAGAAGAUGGUCAGUUGCUAGUUUGCCAUCCAGCGGUUAUGGAACAACACCUGGCUCCAGCAAUGUUUCGUCACAAUAUUCGAGCCAAGAACGUCUGCAUCAACUGCCAAAUAUUCCCACCAAGGAUGAACUGCGUAUGUUAUCUUGUCAUUUUUCUAAACCUGGGACACCGUGUUCGUCGCAUCCGGGUUUCCCAGGUUCUAGCGUAUCUAGUAUUCCGGGCAGCGUGUCUCUUAGCCUUGAGGAAGAGGGCCGUAGAUCGCCGUUACAUCGUCCACGUUCUCGAAGUUUAAGUAGUCCAAGUCGAUCGCCUGUUCUGGACAGUGAAAUUGUUAUGAUGAACACUUUAUACAAGGAAAGGUUUCCGAAGGCAACACAACAAAUGGAAGAGCGGCUAACCAAUUUUAUCAACGAAAAUAAAGAGUUAGAUGAAUACGAGGUAGUGGCUAACAUGGCGCAAGAUUCAUUGCCAAUUUUACGCUUUGUACAUCACCAAGUAAUCGAAAUGGCUAGAGACUGCUUACAAAAAUCUCAGGAAAAAUUAAUUACAACGAGAUAUUUUUUUGAGAUGAGCGAAAAUCUGGAACGUCUGUUAAUGGAGACAAAAGAAAAAUCUUUAGAGGCUGCAACAAGACUAACAGGAUUGAUAAAAAAGCUCUUAUUGGUUAUAUCACGUCCAGCUCGUCUGUUAGAAUGCUUAGAAUUCGAUCCUGAGGAGUUUUACCAUUUGCUCGAGCAAGCGGAAGGUCAAGCUAAAGUUAACGCGGGAAUAAAAACAGACAUUCCGCAAUAUAUUAUUACAAAACUUUCCUUAAACAGAGAUCCUAUAUCUGAGUUGCAGGAAGAUUUAAAUAAAUUGGAAGAUUCGGCGAGCUCUAGCGACAGCAAUUUACAAGUGACAUCGAGUCCAAACAAAGAUGACGGCAAAUGUCAGCGUGUUCCAUGCGAAAGCGAUUACGAAGUACUAAAGCUUAUUAGCAACGGUGCAUACGGUGCGGUAUAUUUAGUGAAAGAGAAAACCACUCGACAGAGAUUUGCCAUGAAAAAAAUUAAUAAGAAUAACUUAAUGCUGCGGAAUCAAGUGGAGCAAGUGUUCGCCGAAAGAGACAUAAUGAGUUUUACCGAUAAUCCAUUUGUUGUCUCUAUGUACUGUAGUUUUGAAACCAAAAAACACUUAUGUUUAGUUAUGGAAUAUGUGGAGGGCGGCGAUUGCGCGAAUCUUUUGAAAAACAUAGGCCCAUUGCCGCCAGACAUGGCGAAAUUUUAUUUUGCAGAAACUGUCUUGGCUGUUGAAUAUUUACACAGUUAUGGCAUUGUACAUCGGGAUUUAAAGCCUGACAAUUUACUCAUCACUGCCUUGGGUCACAUUAAGCUUACUGACUUCGGCCUCAGUAAAAUGGGUCUAAUGUCCUUGGCAACAAAUCUCUACGAGGGUUACAUCGAUCGAGAUACACGACAGUUUUCGGAUAAGCAAGUGUUCGGCACACCGGAAUAUAUUGCUCCGGAAGUCAUAUUGCGUCAGGGAUAUGGUAAACCGGUUGACUGGUGGUCUAUGGGUAUUAUCCUGUAUGAAUUUCUAAUAGGCUGUGUUCCAUUUUUUGGCGAGACGCCCGAGGAAUUAUUUGCUCACACAGUGAAUGAUGACAUUGAAUGGCCGGAUGAGGACGAUUGGCCUGUUCAACCCGAGGCAAAGGAUAUUAUAACCGCUCUUUUACAUCAAAGUCCCAGAGAUCGAUUGGGGACCGGUGGUUCGCACGAGGUUAAGGAACAUCCAUAUUUUUAUGGAGUAAACUGGAAUAGUUUACUCAGAGAAAAAGCUGAGUUUGUGCCACAACUAGUUAACGAUGAGGAUACAAGUUAUUUUGAUUCUCGCAUGGAUAGAUAUAAUCACGACUUGGGCGACGACACCGACGAUACCGAUGAUUCUCCCUUGUUCGGAUCGUUCUCUUCUUACUCGCCACAAUCGCGUAAAAUUUCGCAAACGCGACCGCCUCAGUUCAAUCCUGACACGGAGUUGGAUGUUACCAAGAAACUACUGUUUCGCACCGAGCUUGAAGGCUCGGUUGCGCAAUUGUCCCUUGGGUCGAACGCAAUGUCGGUCACACCGCCAUCCAAAUUAGCCGAGCCUCAAUCAACAUUAUCCUCAGAAAAACACAACAGACCACCUUUCUCGUUGAUAAAGAGCAGUUCCUGCGUUGAGAAUCAAACCAGAAUUGACAAAUCAAAUGUUACAUCGUCAUCCAUUGCGAUCCCCGUUGCGAAUACCGCGAUUUCGUCGAACAACGAGUUCCAGCUGACGGUUAAAAACAUUCCGGCGGAAGGAGCAUCGAUUAAUCUGAGUACACCCGAGUCCUCGCAAACCGAAUCCGAAGAUAUCAGUCCUCAGAUCCAGAGGAAGCGACAUUCUCGCGAUAAGCUGCCCAGGUUCAGUAUAUCCAUUGAUGAUGAACACAUAUUGGAUCUUGCAGCGGCGAAUAAAGACAUGAUGGAAGAAAGCAAACACAAUUCCAGCACUGACUCUUUCGAGUCCUUCAGCGCCGUGUCUGUGUUACCGUCUUCGCGACAGAAAUCUCGAUCCGUCAUCAAAUCCGCCUCAACUAGCGGUCUGUCGUUGGUGAUUCCGACCAGCGACUUUGCGUACGACGCACCAUUAAACGCUCAACCUAUCGAAUCUCCCGGUGGAUCAUCGACCGCAUCUUCGAGAGAUACUUCGCCUUGUCGCGAGCUGAGUCCUCUCGUGACUAGUUUGAAACCGCCCAUCAUCAUUCGUCGAGGACCAUCCGGCUUUGGGUUUGCCGUACACACUAUUAGGGUUUAUUAUGGCGAUAGCGAUUUCUACACCAUGCAUCAUCUAGUAAUGGAGGUAGAACAAUCCAGUCCGGCAUUCGAAGCUGGGCUGAGACCGGGCGAUCUUAUAACGCAUAUAAAUGGCGAACCGGUACAGGGUCUCUAUCACAUUCAAGUCUUGCAGCUGAUGCUUAGCGGCGGUGAUCACGUAACGUUACGUAGCACACCGUUGGAGAAUACCAGCAUCAAGACCGGCGGUAGAAGACGCGAUCUCGCACAAAGCAAAUUGGCGCGCCGAACGCCGCACAAACAACGAAAGCAAAAGCGAGAUCAUUCUGAUAAGAAACGAAAAGCGUCUCUUUUUAAGAGAAUCAGCUCGAAACGGGCGAGCGUAGAGAUGCAGCAGCCGUUAACUAUCAGUUGUCCAUUGUCAGCACCCAUUUUGUCCAGCGACAGCAAACCUCCACUUAUGAUGGCUGCGGGAAUUUGCUCGCCCUCGAUGGUCACACCUAGUCGAUCGUUUCAAUCGUUCACUCGUUCGCAAGAAACGCCGCUGUAUUUCGCCGCUUGCUCAAAAUCCGUCUGCAGCCCGUCACCGCCGACAAAUCGUGCAGCUUCGGAUUCUUAUCACUCCACCGGGAACUCCAGUCCGUGCUCGAGCCCGAAUUCUUCGUCUCCGGGUUCAAACACGUCUGCGGGCAAUCUGGCAAGCAUCUCGAACCAGGCGCAUUAUCAGCGACCUAGCACGCUUCACGGUCUUAAGCAUAAGCUGCACACAGCGGCGAAGAACAUACAUUCGCCGAAUCGCAGAAAGUCCGUGGGUCAUAUACCGUUGUCGCCAUUGGCCAGAACACCGAGCCCGUCGCCGAUUCCUGCCAGUCCAACAAGAAGCCCGAGUCCUUUGGCGUUUCCCACUGGCCAUCAGCCCGGUAGCUCCAACACCACACAGUCGUACAGUCCAGGAGCGUGUUUGUCGACGCCAAAUAGUCAGAAAAAAGGAUACGGUCGUCCGAAAUCCGCGGAACCGGGUUCUCCGUUGCUCCGUCGUGCGCUCAGUCCCGAUCGACUUCAUCCACGUUCGGCGGAGAACAAAACGUCGAUAUCGCCACUGGCGAACACCGUGGUGAAGGUGACGCCGCGCGUGACAAUCGCCCAAUCGUCUCACAACACCAGCGAGACUUUGGACGAUUCAAACGACAGUUUCAAGGAAACCAAUGAGAACGUGAAAGGCGAAAAGAAAAUAUCAAGCGAACAAAAAGCGGAUUAUUCUAAGUUGACUCAUGGUAUAUCUAUUAAUUUAGGAAACGUUGGCAUGUCGAAUUCCUGCGGUGGCACGCAAUUGCCACGAAUAGCCGAAGAGAAGGACUCGCCGACCGGUACCAAGAGCGACGACUAUUCGAAAGAAAUCGGCGCGGAAAAAUGUGACAAACAGUCGUCUGGCAGCAAUCAGUCCGGCGAUGUGAACAAAACUCACGACGAACGUCAAAUUACAGCAGGUAAAAUUUCGCAAUGCAAGAAGAAAGACAACGUUUUCGAUUCUACUGGUGUUCAACAAAAGAGCGCUCAGCAACCACUUAGCGCUGCGAACGUGCAAAAAACUUUGGAUCAGAAGCAUUGCCAGACCAAUGAAAAAUCAACCGCGUCGUUCUCGCACAAGACGCACGUCGAGCAGAAAAGCAUCGGCAAGGGUAACGUUGUGGAAGCUCACGAAGAGAUAAAAAAGAUAUCCAAAAGACACAGGAGCGUCGGUGAUUCAAACGGUGAUUCCAGCGCUCAUUCGAACGCGCAUGAGAUUGGCGCGGCGGCAUCUGUGAAAGAUAAAAAGAAUAAUUAAAAUAUAACAAUCCCACACGCUUUUCGCAAAUAAAUAAAUUUUUGCAGAAGUCUGUCAAGUCUCGCAAGCAGCGGCGGGAGUUGUGUGAAAUCGACGAAAAAAUUGCCCUGUACGUUAAUCAAAUACGAGGAAAUAAAAAGAGCGAGUCCCAUUCCCUUGCAAAGUUUUUUGAGACACUUGACGAUUGUAACGAGAGAUAAGAGACUAAUCAAAAAAACAAAAAGACAAAAAAAAAAACAAAUAAUAAUAAUAACAAAAGAAAAGAAAAGAGGGUCAAAGAAUCGCAGAUUUUGGAUUUAUAAUUUUAUGAAAGUUCUAUAUAUAUUCAGAAGAAAAAAGAAAUCUAUAGGCUUCCGUCACAACAAAAUAAAAAUACCUGAAGAACAAUUUAAAAUAUUUUUCCGAUAAAAAAGUUUUAUUAUAAUCUAUUUCUGUAAAGUAUAAACGCGUUUAUCGUUCAAAAAAAAACCUAUUACCGUGUAAGAAAAAAACUUUCAAACGAGUAUACACAUGCAGAUAAAAAGAAAAAAGAAAAAAAAACAACAUUAUUUUGCUGUUCACAAAAUCCACACAAAGACAGUAAAAAAAAACAAAAAAAAAAAACAAAAAACAGUUACUAAGUUGAAAUCGCAUAUUGAAGUUAUUGUAAACACAGCGUGACGAUUGGAGUGAUUUUAUGCUUCGGGCUACAGUAUUUUACACGAUCUCAUUUAUAUAUCUAAAUGAUGUUAGCACAUCCAUACGUAUGAUCGAUAUAUAGUAUUCAGUAAUUCAUAUACAUCUUACGCAAACCUUAGCGUCAUAUAGGAUGUUUAUUUUUAGAAAGAAUGCGGAGAGAGAGAGAGAGAGAGAGAGAGGGAGAUUGCAAAGAAAUUUAUAAAGCUAUUCUGUUGCGAUGUUUAUUUGCUAUACAAAGAUGAAUUCUCUUGUUGCGCGCGUAAAAAGUAUAUACAUGCAAUAUGUAUUACGUAGUAUAUAUAUAUACAGGGUGUCCGACAAUUACUUUAACA